UUCCGGGCCCUUGACGCCACUUUCGGCGCGUCCGGGCCGAGGCGGAGCGGGAGCGGCGCGGGGGGGCCCGGCGGGGCCGGGGCGCAGGCCCUGAGGAUGUCGGACGGGAUCCUGAGCAAGGCAGCCACCAUGGAGAUCCCCAUCAGCAGCAACGGGGACACCAGCAGCCUGCCCGAGGAUGAUGGCCUGGAGCAGGACCUGCAGCAGGUGAUGGUGUCGGGACCCAACCUGAACGAGACCAGCAUCGUGUCCGGCGGCUACGGGGGCACAGCCGAAGGCAUCAUCCCCACGGGCACCAUCAAAGGCCCCGGGCUGCACCCACCGCCCCCCGGACCCCCAGCCGGUGGAGAGGAGGUCGUGCGUGGCAUUGCCGUGGAGAAGUUUGACAUUGUCAAGAAGUGGGGGAUCAACACCUACAAGUGCACCAAGCAGCUGCUGUCGGAGCGCUUCGGCCGGGGGUCCCGCACGGUGGACCUGGAGCUGGAGACCCAGAUCGAGCUGCUGCGGGAGACCAAGCGCAAGUACGAGAGCGUGCUGCACCUGGCACGGGCGCUCACGGCCCACCUCUACAGCCUCGUGCAGACCCAGCACGCCCUGGGCGACGCCUUUGCCGACCUCAGCCAGAAAUCCCCCGAGCUCCAGGAGGAGUUUGGGUACAACGCAGAGACACAGAAGCUGCUGUGCAAGAACGGGGAGACGCUGCUGGGCGCCGUCAACUUCUUUGUGUCCAGCAUCAACACGCUGGUCAACAAGACCAUGGAAGACACGCUCAUGACAGUGAAGCAGUACGAGACGGCCAGGCUGGAGUAUGACGCGUACCGCACGGACCUGGAGGAGCUGAGCAUGGGCCCGCGCGACGCCGGCGCCGUCAGCCGCCUGGACGCCGCCCAGAGCCAGUUCCAGAGCCACAAGGACAAGUACGAGAAGCUGCGGGCGGACGUGGCCAUCAAGCUCAAGUUCUUGGAGGAGAACAAGAUCAAGGUGAUGCACAAGCAACUGCUGCUGUUCCACAAUGCCAUCUCUGCGUACUUUGCUGGGAACCAGCAGCAGCUUGAGCAGACCCUCAAGCAGUUCAACAUCAAGCUCAAGACCCCUGGCGCCGAGAAGCCCUCCUGGCUGGAGGAGCAGUGAGCCCCCGUGCCCCCCGGAUAGGAUGGAGGAGCACACAUGGACCUCAGUUGUGGCCGGGGGCUCGUGGGGGCCACAGCCCAGGCCUGCUCUUGGAUGGGGGGGACCCCGGGUGUGGGGAGCUGCCAGAGGGCUGGGUCCCCCCUCAUCCCACAGCCCCUCCUCAGGGCAGGCUGCAGCAGCUCCUCGGCACAGACCCCACACAGCAGACAGCUGGAGCCCCCCUGCCCCUGACACUCCCAAGGGGGCUGGCUGGGCUGCUGCCCCCAGGCACCCCACUCACCCUGGGGUGAGCCAGGACCUUCCACUGUCCCCCCUGUGCCUCCCCGGGGCAGGAUGAGGGUGCGCCCCUCCCAGGCCCACUGCCAGCUCCCCCCAGGCAGCCCCCUGCCCUGUGCACAGUGGAGCUGGGUGGGGGCAGCACUGGCACAGCCAGGCCCCACUGCGUUGGGGAGGGGCUGUGGGGCUGCCCCUGGCACCCAGGGGGCUCCUGCUCUGCCCGCCAGUGCCAGGGACACCCCGGCCCCCUCCAGGCCGUUCCCAGGUGUUUCCAGCCUGGCUGCUCAUGCACUCCUGAUUCACAGGGGGCUGCACCCCCAAAGAGCCCCCUGCUUCCCCACCCGGGGCUGUGGCGCCUGGGCUGGGCCGGUGAGGGGUCCCUGUGCCCUGCUGCUCGUGGCAGGGGGAGUCGCUGGCCAGGCACAGGUCCCCUGGCACCCUGGGGGAGCACGGGGGGCUCCAAGCAGGGACCAAAGGUCAGCGGAGGCACGGGGUGCACGCGUGUCCGCGCGUGUCCGGGUGCGGGCACACGCGUGUCCGCGCGUGUCCGGGUGCGGGCACAUGCGUGUCCCGGUCUGGGACGCCUGUGCUGCACACGGGGGGCUGGGGUCCCAGCCAGGGUCUGCCCCCACCCCACGAGGGGCCCCCCGCCUACCCCCGCACUUGGGCACUUUCUCCUGAGACAAAACUGUUGGUUUUUCUUGCUCAUUAAUUUAACUCAUAAUUUAAUGUCGGGAUCCGACUUCCCCCUGCCCCGCCCUGGUGACGGUCUGACCCCCCAAGGCCCUGACUUGUGUAAAACCCCAAUAAAU